CUCGGGGUUGACCGUAACAGUGACUGAGAACUUCUCUGAUUCGCACUCCCCUUCCAUCUAUGACGCUGAUCCUGGCCACCUACGGACAGCUUCUCCGCACUGGCUCUCCACUGCCCCAGCACCUCCCCGGAUUUCCACUGGCGCAUCCAUCCAUUGCAUCUAAGUAAUGAUAUCAAUCUCGUCCCAAUUUUGAGAUUCCAUCUCUUCAGCGAGCAUCAUCACUCAAUUAGAUCGAAGAUCAAGCUCAAUUCCCCAGGCCGCCAUGUGCGAUCCAGAUAUUACCCGUCGAUCCCCCGCUUGGGGAAGACGAUCGAACAGCCCCCUGGCUUGGAGAUGCUAUAUUCCUUCUCCUAUUUAGCUGCAUAGCAAAGACCUCAGUAGUAUAAGCCCCUAUCUUCCAAUUCUUCACCAUCUCAAUGAAGACAGAAUGCCUUCAGACAACCUCUCCAUCUUCCCCUCAACAUCGAUGUCUUCCACCCCCAGCUCCCAGGAGAAACCCCCUACCACCGAACCAACCCUCGUGAGAACAAACACCUCUACAGCAACUCCCAAUGACUCCUUCCACUUCGACUUCGGGCCUCUCGCCCACGUCAACACGGCAGGAACCACCUAUCCCGCCUUCGCAGGCGAACUUCAACCGGGUCUAUGGAAGCCCCAGAAGCGCCGCAAGAUGGCCAAUCCCGCACCGUUAGGCCUAUGCGGGUUUGCGCUCACGACAUUCCUCCUGGGCUGCAUCAACAUGCAGACGUUGGGAAUUGCCACUCCCAACAUCAUCGUCGGUCCUGCGUUUGCAUACGGGGGUCUUGUCCAGCUUCUCGCGGGCAUGUGGGAAAUGGCCGCCGGCAACACCUUCGGCGCAACCGCGCUCUCCUCCUACGGCGGCUUCUGGAUCUCCCUGUCCAUAGUCUUCAUUCCAGGUGGAUUCGACAUCCAGGGCGCCUACAAAGCAGCCAAUAAUGGCAGCUUGUCGAUGUUCUAUGACGCAUUCGGAUUAUUCCUAAUGGGCUGGUUCAUCUUCACUUUCCUCCUUUGGCUCUGCACGCUCAAAUCAACCUACGUCUUCUGCGCCCUCUUCGCAGCCGUUGAUAUCGCCCUCCUUCUCCUAGCAGUCGGGUAUAUCCACCGCACAGCGCCGGAGGUGCCCAACGCGAAGAUUAUAAAGGCGGGUGGGUUGUUUGCGCUGCUGGGUGCGUUUAUGGCUUGGUAUGUUGCACUUGCGGGUAUCGCGGACGAUAGUAAUAGUUUCUUUCUUGUUCCUGUGUUUCAUUUCCCCUGGUCGGAGAAGGGGAGGGAGUCGAGGAGGAAGGAGGAGAGUGAGGGGAGUGUUUGAUUUGUUGAUUUUGAUACCAUGAUUUUGCUGAUGGGUUAUGGGUUUUUGCAUGUGUGAUGUGUUAUGAGUAGGGGUUCUUUUGGUCUUGGGAUGCUUGCUUUGUGCUUUUGCUUUUGGUGACUACCUUGGAUCGGUAUUUGGUAUGGAUGGAUGGUGGGAUUUAGGCGCUUGGAUUAGUACUUGACUUAUUUCUUUGGGUUUCUUUUUCUUUUUCUUUUUCCUUUUCCUUUUCCUUUUCUUUUUCUUUUCUUUUCUUUUUUUUUUCUUCUGGAUCUAGACUCGCGCCGUACUAGACUAGACGACCCUAUGUCUCCUCCAAGCUAGAUGAUGAUAAGAAUACCAUUAAAUCCUGAACCACAAUGCCGGACAACCAGUAAAUCUGAAGGCCUUUUAGGUACACCCAACAUAAGAAUCUGCAAU